AUGUUACAUUUCUUAGCGACCGUUUUGAUAUUGACAAGCUUCAGGGGGCCUGAUCUUGUCAACGCAAAAAACAAGUCGGCCCUACACAUCGGUGGACUGCUGCCGUUGUCGCCCAAGGAUGGGUGGAGUCGCUCCAAUGGGUACCCAGCGCUCCUUGGUGCUGAGCGUGCUAUUGCUGAUAUCAACAGCAGAAGUGAUGUGUUACCAGACUAUGAACUCGUCCUACAUAUGGAAGACACUGAGGGAGAUUUACCCGUUGGGUUGGACCGACUGUACGUUGAGCUCCUCGGCAAGCCCCCAACCAAAGUAGCAAUACUCGGACCUCUGUUAUCUAAAAUUGCUGAGACAGUGGCGCAGGUAAUUGGCCGAUGGAGUAUUGUCGAGAUUACCCCCGGUGGAUCCAGCACUGUUCUCUCCAAUCGAGAUAGAUAUCCACACAUCUACCGUACCCUCACCUCGGCAUCAUUAUUUGGCUCAGCUCAAGCCGCAAUCAUCAGCCAGUUCGGCUGGACUAGGAUUGCUACCCUCAACGAAGCAGUAGAACCACAUAAGGGGAGGAUUAAGCAACUCCAUGAUGACUCUGCAAUGGGUAAUUUUUCUAUAGUAAGCUCAGAGACAUUCAUCACUGAUCCGGAAGAUGCCCUGAAACGGUUGAAGGAUAUAGAUGUGAGAAUCAUAGCAACCAGUUUCUACGAAGGGAGUGUUCGGGAAGUAUUCUGCACUGUGAGUUUUUAG